GUUGAAAAGAAAAUAAUCGAUAGCAGAAUUCGUUGCUGCUUUUUUGACAAGCAAUAGUUUUCUGUCAUUGUUAAACACUAAAUAGAAAAGUUGGGAAAACGUGCGAAAGAUGAGUGGUCGUGAAGGCGGUAAAAAGAAGCCACUGAAGGCACCCAAGAAGGAAGGCAAGGAUCUCGACGAAGAAGAUUUGGCAUUCAAACAGAAGCAAAAGGAACAACAAAAGGCACUUGAUGCCGCCAAACAGCAGGCAGCCAAGAAGGGACCCCUUGUGGGCGGUGGCAUCAAGAAAUCGGGCAAGAAGUGAUGAGGAUGAUUGCAGCACAUAAACAUUUACUACCAUUAGUGUUGGAGGAAUUCGUUUGUCAACACCCAAACACAAACACAUUCGUGAACACGAUGCGAAUUGCGUUUGCAGAAAAAUUCUGUUGUCAAAUGAAGGUUGACCAAAAUUGAACGUUUAAACAAAUAAUAUCACUUUUUAUACUUACGAUUUAACAAAAGAAGCGCAUUAAAUCUUUGUAAUAAAAACAUA